AAGAAAAUAAUAAUUUUUUUACUUAAAUAUUAAAAUAAUUUUAAUAUUCAGUUAUUGCGUAUAUAGAGGUAGUGAAGAGAAAAAAAAAAAGAUAAAAUAAAACACACAGCAGGUGCGUUAGGAAUAUAAUCAGUUAACUUUUAAUGAGUGUGUGCUGUGUGGUGGAUAAUAUGUAUACAAACAGUACAUAUUUACUUCAAAAUAAAGAGAGUAAUGUAGAAAAAUGCCUGUGUACCUGGUGUGGUAUUGAGUAUAAUAUUUAUGUAUGUAUACGUUGUAAUGUUCCGGGUGGCCGGUUUGAGUUCCGGACCCGUUUCCGGACCACUAUGGUUUCUUUUUUAAAACUAUAAUACUUUUUAUUAUAUUAGUUACACUGUUUUAACAACUUUACUUACUUAUAUCGGUUAGUAGUAAGCUAACUUUCAAACUGUAACUAUCAUCUUCAUUGUCAUUAUUAUAUAUCUUCAAAUUGUUAUAAAUUUGUAUUAUCAUUACAAUAUUAAUAAUAAUAUUUUAUUAGUUAAUAUAUAAAUUCUGAUUGCUAAUGGGUUCAAGAAAAAAUCAGCACGAUGAGCAUCCAAGUUUUUCAGAAGACUCUGGUAGUGAUGCAUUUCGAAAUGUACCAAAACAUCAGUCAGCUUUUAUUGUUUGGAAAAUUCAAGGACUACAAGCAACAUCUGUACCACGUAAUAAAAUAGGAUACUUUUUAUCUGACUCAGCAUAUAUAAUUUAUGCCGUGUCGUCAAAAGAAAGUGGGCUAUCUUAUCCUGGAAUCCCCAUGAAAGAAAUAAAAAUAACAGAAAAUACAAUCCGUACAAUUCACUUUUGGAUCGGAAGAAAUUGUGACUCAAGCAUAUCAGGAGCUGCAGCACUAAGAACGGCGGAAUUGGAUGCCCAAGUGAAUGCAACCCUUCUGUUCCGCGAAUCUGAGGGCCGAGAAAGUUCGCGUUUUAUUGGAUAUUUCAGUAAAGGACUGACAAUUGAUUACAUUGAUUAUUUCGACAACAAACCGGAGAUAUUAUUGUACCGCGUAACUGGAUUAUCGGUACCGAUUAUCAGCGAAUGUGAUUCAAUAAAAUGGGAUCACUUUUCUUCAACAGAUGUGAUAAUAAUAGACGUAAAAUCACAUGGAGUAGUAUUUAUUUGGCUCGGUUCUUCAUCUUCAGCACUGGACCGCCGACAUGCAAUGAAAUUUAUAGAAGAGCGUGACUAUAUUAAUAAAAAAUUAAUAUUUGUUGAUGAUGGCUACGAACAAACGCUACCUGAUGAAGAAAAAAAAUUAUUUUCAAGUAUUUUAGAUUACAAAUUACGUUCAGUAAUUCCGUAUAAUAAAUCUAAAAUAAUAAACAUACCUGCUCCGGUGAUAAAACUCUACAAGUGCAGUGAAAAAUCAGGAAAGUACAAAGUUGUUGAAUUAAAAUCAGGACCGAUAUUUCGCAGUGAUUUAAUAUCAUCUUCGGUGUUUUUUAUUGACCGAGGAGAAGCUGGGGUUUGGGCUUGGGUUGGAAAUAAUGUUAAUGCUAGAGAAAAAUUAGAAGCUAUAAGAAAUGCAAGAGGGUUUGUUAAAAAAAAAGGAUACAGCAGUUGUGUACCUGUUGCACGUGCUAUUGAAAAUUAUGAGCCCAAAGAAAUGAAGAAACUCUUGCGUCCAUGGGAAACAAUUUCUACUCCUGUUCAUAUUCUUGAGACAUCUUUUGAUAAUGAUUAUAUGAAUGAAAGGCCCAAGUUGGCUGCUGAGUGCCAGUUAGUUGAUGAUGGUACUGGUAAUUUAAUUAUUUGGAGGGUCUGUGAAGAAAAUAUUAUUUUAGUUAAUAAAAAUAAUCAAAAAUCUUUGGGAUUUUUUUAUGCAAGUGUUUGUUAUAUUAUUAAAUAUACUUACGGCAGUGGAAGAAAAGAAAAAUCUAUUAUUUAUUAUUGGGAAGGAGCGCAUUCAAUAAACACUGAUAGAGAAGCUGGAUUAGAUUUUGCCUGCAAAUUAGCUGAAGAAACAUCAGGACAAAUUGUAAAAGCUUCACAGGGACGAGAACCUCCACACUUGUUGCAAAUUUAUAAUGGAAAAUUGUGUAUUCUUGCUGGAAAUCACAGAGAUAUUCCACCGAAGAAAUAUCUUGUAAGAGUAUUUGGUUCAACAUCUUACACGUCAAAAGCUGUUGAGCGGCCACUAAGAGCAGGUUCGUUGGAUUCAGCAGGUGUUUUUAUUUUAUUUUCUGAAUCACCGGUUGUUUGGUGUGGUGGAAAAAGCACUGGUGAUACUCGUGAAGCUUCACGACGUCUUGCGCCUAUAUCAGCACCAUUAAUUUGUGAAGGAAAUGAAAAUGAUGAAUUUUGGAUUCAAUUAGGAGGAAAAGGAGAAUAUGGAACAGAAAUUAAUAAUGAAGUACAACAAAUAGACAAACAUUUGUACCACUGUAGCGUUGUAAACAAUACAUUUGUAGGAAAUGAAAUUUUAAAUUUAUCACAAUCUAGCUUACUACCCGAAGCUGCAUGGCUAUUGGACACAGCAACAGUAAUAUGGAUCUGGCUUGGCAGUCUUUGUGAAACAAAUAAUAUUAAAAAAUACAUCAAAGAUGCCGGUGUAUUUUUACACACUCACUCGUCAACUCGUGAUCGUAAUACUACAAUAUCAAUAAUACAGCAGUCUAAAGAGCCUCCUACUUUUAUUGGAUUGUUUGAAAAUUGGAAUCAUAAUUAUUUACGUGAUUAUCGUUCGUUUGAUGAAUUUCGGUUGUCAUUAGACAGCAGUUUGAUGAAAAAACCACAUCAAAAUAAUAAUAAUUACAGCAAUCAAUUGAAUUUUAAUUCAAAUGAUUACACCUUUAAUACUACUAAUAAUAAUAAUAUUUCUGUAUCAAAUUUUGAUGCUUAUAUUAAAUAUCCAUUAAAAAUAUUAAGAAGUGAACCUGAUAAUUUACCUAGUGGUGUUGAUGUUUUUAAAAAAGAAAUGCAUUUAACUUACGAUGAUUUUCUAACUAUUUUUAAAAUGAACCCUAUUGAGUUCAACAAAUUACCAGUUUGGAAACGACAACGACUAAAGCAAGAAGCUGGUUUAUUUUAAUUAAUAAUUUAAUUACUAA